CGGGCGGCGUGGCGUGGGGAGCGGCGACAGUGGCCGUGACGUCACGGGAGGGGGUCGGCGCCGCCCGCGAGCCGCCGGAUUACAAGCGAACGCGCCCGGCUGCGGUCGGAGUUGCCGGGCAUCGAGUCUUUGCGGUCUCCUCCGCCUGCGCCUGCUCCUUCUCUUCCUCCUCCUCCUGCUUUUUGGGUGGCUGAGGCCGCCGCGAUCGUUUCUGCGCCACAACUUUUCCAAGAAAGUUCAGAAACUCGGCUCCGUGGCGGCCGGCCAGGUCGCGCGUAGUAGCCACUUCGGGAGCCGCCGGGGAGCUCCGAGGGCGCGUGGCCGCUCCAGUCCUGCGCUCGCUGCACCUGCCACGUCCGCUCACGCCGCUGCUGCCGACCGGUGCCAGCCUGUGGGCCGACCCAGGCGGCGGCGGCGGCGGCUUCGGGGUCCCUUCCGGACGCCUGCGCCCUCGCCAGGUCCCCUGUGCCGCUGCCGCCGCCGCCACCGCCGCCCCACGUGCGCGCGGUGACCCGGGGAGGGCACGCUCCCUGCUUUCCCUAUUUUUUUUCCCGGGCGGCUGGUGAACGGCGGAGUGGCGUGGACCUCAUGUAGAAAUGACAACAAUGGAAGGGACCAGCGGGUCUAGUUUUGGAAUAGACACGAUUUUGUCCAGUGCCAGUUCGGGCAGCCCCGGCAUGAUGAAUGGAGAUUUCCGUCCUCUCGGGGAGGCGAGGACCACGGAUUUUAGGAGUCAGGCCACUCCGUCCCCAUGCUCGGAGAUUGAUACCGUAGGAACGGCGCCUUCUUCUCCCAUCUCGGUCACCAUGGAGCCCCCGGAGUCGCAUCUGGUAGCAGAAGGGCCCCAGCAUCACCACCACCUCCACCACAGUCAGCUGCCACCACCGCCAGCCCCGGCCCCGACGCAAAGUUUGCAGCCUUCGCCCCAACAGCAGCCGCCGCCGCCGCCUCCAGCCGCCCAGCAGCUGGCCUCCGCUGCCUCGGCCCCGAGGACUUCCACCUCUUCUUUUUUAAUUAAGGACAUCUUGGGCGACAGCAAACCUCUGGCGGCGUGUGCACCCUACAGCACCAGCGUCUCCUCUCCCCACCACACCCCGAAGCAGGAGAGCAAUGCAGCGCACGAGAGCUUCAGGCCAAAACUGGAGCAGGAGGACAGCAAAACCAAACUCGACAAGCGGGAAGAUUCCCAGAGCGACAUCAAAUGCCACGGAACAAAGGAGGAAGGAGACCGGGAGAUUACAAGUAGCCGGGAGAGCCCCCCUGUAAGAGCUAAGAAGCCUCGAAAAGCCAGAACAGCUUUCUCAGACCACCAGCUCAAUCAGUUGGAACGUAGCUUUGAACGGCAGAAGUACCUGAGUGUCCAAGACCGCAUGGACCUGGCAGCUGCACUCAAUCUUACUGACACCCAAGUCAAGACCUGGUACCAGAAUCGCCGGACCAAGUGGAAGAGGCAAACUGCGGUAGGCCUGGAGCUUCUCGCUGAGGCGGGGAACUACUCAGCGUUGCAGAGAAUGUUUCCUUCACCUUAUUUCUAUCACCCAAGCCUUCUGGGCAGCAUGGACAGCACCACAGCGGCGGCAGCUGCCGCUGCCAUGUACAGCAGCAUGUACCGGACUCCUCCAGCACCUCAUCCCCAGCUACAGCGGCCACUGGUGCCCCGAGUGCUCAUCCAUGGCCUGGGGCCAGGGGGACAGCCAGCCCUCAAUCCCCUGUCCAACCCCAUCCCAGGCACCCCACAUCCCCGGUGAAGAAGGAGGGAAGGCUGCGUGUCCUUUCCUGUCCCCGGCCCCAACCUGGACAGCUGCCCCGCCUCUCCUUACACCAGGCCAACGGGCCACAGGCUUCCCUUGCGGCCAACCCUGGGAGGCAGAGGAGUGAGAGAGGAAGACGCUCAUCAAUGGGUGGGGGUCCCCCAAGAGGAGCCAGCCCUCUGUUCUCCAUCCCCACCCCCAGAGGCAGGGCUGGAAAGCUCCCCCAGCAGUUGUGACUGGCGAAAUGCUGACCCCACACAAAGUGAAACCAGUAAGUGAAAACAUCAACAAAAACAAAACCUCAAGUUCUUUUUAAAAACGACUUUAGGGACAAGCAGG